AUGCAACUUUUGCGACGCCAGCGUGAGGCCGUUUUCCAGGUGAAAGAAACAGGCCAUAACAACCCUAGAGCUUAUAGUGCAACCGACCCCGCCUUGCCUGAAUACCCUCCGAUUUCCCAUUUCAUUGAUGGUAUCAAAGUUUUGAGUAACCCACCUAAUGCGACGUGCGAUAUAUGUUUCAUUCACGGUCUGACGGGCGAUCGAGAGAGGACAUGGACCGCUAAGGGCCAAUCUGCGCCUUGGCCGCAAUCCCUACUUCCACAGAAGCUUCAACAAGCUCGCAUUUUGACAUACGGGUACGAUGCGUAUGUAAUAUCGAAAUCGAAAGCCUCGAGGAAUCGGUUGAUUGACCAUGCCACAAAUCUCCUUGCCGACCUAACAUCUGACCGAGAAUCCUGCAAUGCGUCUUCGCGCCCGCUUAUCUUUGUCGUCCAUAGCCUUGGGGGGUUGGUCUGCAAGAAGGCUAUCCUACUAUCGCGAAACAACCCCGAAAGACACUUCCAGGGUGUAUUUGAUGCUCUUAAGGGUGUGAUAUUCAUGGGGACGCCCCACAUGGGAGCCUGGAUGGCGGACUGGGCCAAAAUCCCUGCCACUGCGUUUGGUUUCGUGAAAUCAAUCAACAUCUCGCUGCUUGAUGUCCUACAGAGGAAUAAUCAGUUCCUUGAGUCAAUACAGCGUGACUUUUUGGCUAUGGUGCGCCAAGUACGGGAGAAUGGUCGGCCCCUCGAGAUCACCUGCUUCUUUGAAGAGCUUCCAACCCCAAAGAUUGGAACGAUCGUAACAAAAGAUUCUGCUAGUUUUGAUGGCUAUGCACCCCGUGCCAUUCGAGCUGAUCAUCAGCAUAUGGUAAAAUUUGCGACAGUGGAAGAUCCUGGUUUCAAGAGGGUGUUGGGGGAACUUGAGAGAUGGACACUGGCAGUUGAUCAUUACGCACUAAGUGUCGAGGACGGAGCCUGUCUACGGGAUCUAUACACGACAGAUCCUCGUGAUGACAAGAAACGUAUCGAAAAGGUCAAGGGCGGACUACUGAAAGAUUCAUAUCGCUGGAUUUUCGAAAACAACGACUUCAAAAAAUGGCUUUAUGAUCAACAAGGGCAGCUGCUCUGGAUUAAAGGGGACCCUGGGAAGGGUAAAACAAUGCUUUUGUGUGGAAUUAUCAACGAGCUGAAGUCGACCCCUCAGGCAUGUGUUGUUUUCUUUUUCUGCCAGGCUACAGAUGCACGAAUAAAUCACGCGAGCGCAGUCCUUCGCGGCCUGAUCUAUAUGCUGGUCGCCAAGCAGCCCAAACUCAUGUCCCAUAUGCGACGACAACACGAUAAGACUGGGAAAAAAGGGUUUGAGGAUGCCAAUGCAUGGGAAACUUUGUCGAAAAUCUUCAUUGAUAUCCUUGAAGAUCCGCUCUUACAGAGCACUUACGUGAUCAUUGAUGCUCUCGACGAAUGUACCGCGGAUCGGAACCUGCUUCUUGAACUUAUCGCACAGAAAUCAUCAGUGUGUACGCGUAUCAAAUGGGUUGUGUCAAGUCGUAACUGGCAUGAUAUUGGAGAGGCCCUUGAACCUGCGACCAAAAAAGCAACGCUUUGGCUAGAAUUGAACGAGAAAUCCGUGGCUAAGGCCGUUACUAUCUUCAUUCAACACAAAGUUAGGGAAUUGACGGAGCAAAAGAAGUAUAAAGCUGAGGUACGGGAUGCUAUCUCCCAACAUUUAUUUUCGAAUGCACGUGGUACCUUCCUCUGGGUGGCCUUGGUCUGCUUGGAACUUGCCAAGGGGGCACGAUGGGAUGCUCGUCUGCUGCUGACUGUAUUCCCGCCGGGCCUCGAAUCCCUCUAUGCUCGGAUGAUUGAUCAAAUUCACAAGUCGCCAAGUGCAGAAAUCUGCAAGCGACUUCUAGGUGUUGCCCUAGUUACAUACCGACCUAUCACGCUAGGCGAGUUACUAGCUUUAGUCGAUAUACCCAAAGAUAUCACUAUUAAUGAGCAAUCUUUAAAUGAAGUUGUGGAGGCGUGCGGCUCAUUCCUUACAGUCCGAGAAGGCGUCGUCUUCUUUGUGCAUCAGUCCGCAAAAGAUUUCCUCCUCCAAACUGCAUCAAAGAAGAUAUUUGCGCGAGGGAUUGAGGCAGAACACUAUACGAUUCUUUUUCGCUCCUUGCAAUCGUUCAGGACUCUCCGGCGUGAUAUCUAUGGCCUCAAAUCACCAGGAUUUCCCAUCACUCAAGUCAGACAACCUGAUCCAGAUCCAUUGGCAGCCGUACGGUACUCAUGUCUCUACUGGGUUGAUCACCUCCUAGAUGGCAAUGCCAUUGAUGAACUGCGGGAGGGUGGGCUAGUUGAGGGCUUUCUGAAACAGAGAUAUCUUUUCUGGCUCGAAGCUAUGAGUCUUAUGGGGUAUAUUCCAGAAGCGAUCGCUGCUAUGCUCAAGCUCAACAGGUUUCUCCAGAAAUUAAAUAAGGCACACAAGCUUGCAGAACGAAUACGAGAUGCUUCUCGAUUCAUCCAGUACCAUGGGAUAGCAAUUGAGAACAGCCCCUUACAAGUCUACUUCUCAUCGCUUAUCUUUAGCCCAACCCGAAGUAUGAUCAAAUCUAGUUAUCAAUCCGUGAAAACAAAGUGGCUUCUUAAGGAUCCACUAAUGGACGAUGAAUGGAGUCCAUGCCUUCAGAUCCUCGAAGGUCAUAGGGCGGCAGUCACAUCAAUUGCAUGGUCCAAAGAUGGAAACUCUCUCGCAUCAGGGUCUUCGGAUACAACCAUCAGAAUAUGGGAUCCAUCAACCGGGCGAUGCACAUCGACCCUCAGAGGACAUAAACAGGUAGUGGUCUCGAUUUCCUGGUCCCCCGAUGGAGCCCGGCUCGCGUCAGGAUCGUUGGGUAGGAAUGUCAAAAUCUGGGACCUACCAACCAGGCAGUGCAUAUCGACUCUCGAAGUCGACAGCUCAGUGACCUCUAUUUCUUGGUCCCAAAAUGGACGUCAGCUUGUAAUAGGGUCAACUAGUCAACCAAUCACGAUCUGGGACCAAGUUACCGGGGAGUUCACAUGGACCCUCGCAGGACCUACCAACCCAGUCUGCUCCAUUAUCUCAUCUCUUGAUAGAAGCUGGCUCGCAUCAAAGUCAGAUACUACGGCGAUCAAGAUCUGGGACAUAGCAACUGGGCGUUGCACAUCAACACUUACAGGACACAGCAGUGAUGUUUUAGACAUUGCUUGGUCCCACAAUGGAAGCCGACUCGCAUCAGCAUCAGUUGAUAUGACAAUUAAGAUCUGGGACCCGGCCAUUAGGCGGUGUAUAUUAACUCUAGAAGGACAUAGCAGCGAAGUCUCGUGCAUUGCUUGGUCCCGGGAUGCAAAAUGGAUCGCAUCAGGGUCAUUUGAUGGGAGAGUCAUGAUCUGGAACGCAGACACUGGACAGUGCAUAUCGGAAUUAGAGGGACAUCGAGACACAGUAUCGUCGGUUUCCUGGUCGAGAGAUGGAAGCCAGGUCGCAUCAGCGUCAACCGAUGGAACGCUGAAGAUCUGGGAUCCAGCUCUUAAGCAGGGUAGAUCGAACCUUGAGGGACAUAAUGAGUUAGUCUACUCGAUGGAGUGGUCUCGGGAUGGAAGUCAGCUCGCAUCAGGAUCACAUAAUGGAAAGGUCAUGAUCUGGAACCCAGCCACUGACCAGUGUAUGACUCUACGGGGUUAUAACGAUGCGGUCUUUUGCAUUGCGUGGUCACGGGACGGAAGACAACUCGCGAUAGGGUCAGAUGUUGAGAUGGUCAAGAUCUGGGAUGUGGCCACCUCAAAGUGUGUGAAAACUCUUGCUGUCCGCUCUGGUCUUAGCCUGCAAUAUGAUGAGGUUAAUGUGCAUUAUCUGCACACCGAUCGAGGCAUAUUUGAUUUGAGGUCAUCUGCCCUUAUCCCGACCUCAUUUGGAAGUCUAGCUCCCCAGCCAGAGCAAGGGGUCUAUGCCUUCAAUAAGGACCACACGUGGAUAACUAUGAGAGGGGAAAAUUUUUUGUGGAUUCCUUCGGAGUAUCGGACAUGCUGCAUGGCUUUAUUCGCCGCACGUGCGACAACAACAGUGGCAAUUGGCUGUUUGACGGGUCGUGUGUUAUUCUUGACCCUCCCAAACAACAACCCGAUUUUAUAA